GAAAGAUGCUGGUGGCGACGAGCGCCAUGGCGAUGGUGACGGGCGUUACCUGCUGGACUCUUCCUCCAGCUGCAACGGGGAUGAGACUUGCAACUGCCUCUUCUUCUGCUUCUAGAUCGUACGCUGCUGCGUCACCCGAGCUGAGGACAGGAGGAUUAACGUCGCUCCCUCUCCAGACGAGGAAGGGAGUCGCUUUGCGGCUGUCCGUUGGUGGGCCGCCCAUGGACAAGGAGCCUCUCGACCUGACGGAAGACAACGUGCAGCAGGCGCUGGAAGAAUCGAAGGAGAUCCUGGGAACCAUGUUUGGCAACUCGCAGGAGAACAGGGAGAUCGGGAUCACCGGGGACGUACAGCUAGUCAACCUAGACGGCCCCUUUGCAAGCGUGAGGCUUGUCGGAAGAUUCUGGCACAAACGAUCAGACGUUCUUGCCCGGGUGGAGAACUACGUCAAGACGAGAGUCCCUGAGAUCGUUGAGGUCAGCAUUGAGGAUCCUAUGCAACUCGACGACAAUCUUCCCGAGAACCAGAAGAUGUGAAGCAGCGAGCAGUAGACAGAGAUGUUCAGAGACAAGAAGAGUCAUCGGGAGUUGGAAGAGAGUUUGAGAGAUCAGUGAGUUUGAAAAUAAUGAAGUUGAGCAACAACC